GUCGAAAAUUCGUAACUAAAAGUAGGCAUUUAAUUACAUUAAAAACCUUUAUGUGGUACAACUCUAGAGCUGACUGCAUGUUGUAUAGAAUAUAAUUGAAUAAAAAGUAAUGACCCUAACAGUUCUCAUGCAAUCGUAGUGCUAUUAUACAGAUCAACGUAAUAUUUUUGUCUGUUAGGAUUUUAUUUAUUAUUUCAAUAUCAUGGGCGCUUGCUGCAGUUGGUGUAAAGAAGACGAUACGUAUUCCGGUGUUGAUCAAGAACGGACUCAUUUGCUGAUUGAUCCGGCAUGCAACAACACAAGCAUUCAACGCGUACCCGAGGACUAUCAUUAUGGAUCAUUACCUAAAGAAUCUGAAGAGCAAGCUGGUUUGAACCGUAUUCUAGAAGAAAUAUCUUCGAAUGUCAUAGAUGUUGGUGCUCUUCAUAGCUGUAUUGACCAACAAGAGGUUAUUGAACGUCAAAACCUUUAUACUGCAAAACUACAAAUUGUUCCUCUUUCAUCUGUUGCUAAUACUGUAGUCAGUUUAAGACAAAAUCCUGCUUGUAUAUUAAAAGAUGUUCCUGGACCUGAGCGGGUAUUAUCGAAAAAUUUAGGUUUACCAGAAAACUAUCGUGGAAUAAUGGCUCAUGUAAAUGAAAUACAAAGACUUUUAUCUUCAAUGAGUGUGGAACAUAAGGGUGAUUUAGUUGUUCAGUUUUGAAUCUAAUAUAUGCUUUUUUUAUAAUAUAUAUUUAAAUUUAUCA